UCCCCCUGUUGACAAACAUGGCCGAUUUUUGUAAACAAUUUUUUUUAUACCAUCACUAAGGUACAAUAACGCUGCUAAAAUGCCUUUAGGAAUUGACAGAACAAAGUUUUAUGCCAAUAAAUCAAGGGAGCUAGAAGUUUCAUCACUAGUAGGUGUAAAUUUAUUAUUAAAUAUUUAGUAUUUCAUUACUUACUGUCAGUGUCACUUACUGAUUUGAUAAGUAAAAUAAGUAUAGAGUAGUCUUAGACUAGAGACAGUAUUAUUUCAGUAUUGUAUAAGUUACGUAUAAUGAUUAUAAUUUAUAAUCAGUAGUAAAUUAGUAUGUAAUAAAUUAAGGAAGGAAUUUUUUGAUUGAUUGAUUGAUUGAUAUGAUAUUUAUUUAAUUUAUAUCGAACUGGUAUCCAUGCCACUUUAGCAUGCUAACUGCGCUCUGGUCUUCUGAAAUCUAUUUAAACAAAAAAGUUUAUAUUUUUUUCUUAAAUGAAGUUUUAUCAUUUAAAAUUCCCCUCAAAGAUUGAGGCAAACUCGUCCAUAAUUUUGGCGCUAUCGCUUCAAAAGAGCGCACUCCUUAAGACUUUUUUAUGUGUUCAUCCACACUAGGAACACUCAGUAAGUAUUGUGAUGAAGACUGCAGGCUCUUCAAGGGUACAUGUUUAUAAAUCAGUUCCUUGAGAUAUUCCGGUGCUGAGCCAUCUAUGCUGCUAUACUAUUUGACUCAGUAUCUCAAGAAGUCAAGAAGACAUUAAUAAAACGAAAUCCAUACUUUUUUUAACAGCGAAAAGAUGAGCGCAUAGCUUCCCUUGAGACAGAAAACGCUAUGCUUUACUUGAAACUGGCACAACUGAGGGGUGAAGUUGCUGCAGCAAAAAGAGAAGCAUCUGAAUCAUUUUCUGACCUAGAAAGUGGUGACAGAUUUAAAACAUAUGUUCUCCAGAAGGCUGUUAAACUGCAUAAGGAUGCACAAGUAGGAUACUUUUACUUACUGUUAUUGUUAUUUUUUAAAAUCACAGAAAUAGUCAAACUCUAACUAAGAGUGCUUUUUUUCUAGGAGAACUCAUGGUAAGGGUAUUUCAGAGCCUAAUUCACGAUGUAACCUUAUUUUUAAGCAAAUCAGCAGUAAAAACGACAAGUAUUAUGGAGUUUGUGACACUCAAGAGUGAGGCAACACACAUAAAGUGUGGAAGAUACAGCACACUGUUACAAGAAACAAAAUCCCAAUAUAUUACCUGCAUGUUCUUAGUUUAUUUUAACUUUGAUUGUGAAUUUUUUUGUGGUUGUGCUAUUGAUAAUGAUGGAUAUGUCAAAUGUAUGCAUUUUCAUUUGAAAUCUCUCAUCAUGUGGUUAAAAUAUUUUUUUUUGUGUGUGUUCUGUUUGUGGUUUUUGUUUUCUCAUUCAGCUCAGCAGUGAGUGGUGGUUUUAGUUUUUAAAUAUAUCAUUGCAUCUACACAAAAGCCAAGUAUUAAAAAUACCUUAUUUGCUGAACAAUAACGACCACUAAGAGAAUUUCAUACCACUUUUUUUUUUAAAUGUUAUAUUCAUGGUGGCGAAGUAGGUUUCUCAGUGUGUAAAUUGUUGUAAAUUAAAAGGUAAAUAUGGAGAAGAGGGUGGGCACACAGCUUUCUUAACAAUGGAUUAAUUAUAAUUAUAAGAUUGCGUUUUACUUUUAUGAUACAGUAAAAACCGGUCAUGUCGAUUGCCUCGGGGUUUGCUAAAAAACGUCGAGAUAACCGAUGAUCAAGAUAACCGAAAACCAAUAUGGCGGCAGUAUAUUAAAAUGUGCUUGAAAUUUCUUUAUGUACAUAAUGUGUGUUAAUAAAUGCCGGAACUUCAGUAAAAAAAAAAUAAUAAUAAUUUUUUAAAUAUUACAGUUAUUUAGGGCAAAUUUCAAAUUUAAAAAAUUAAACCAGAAUCAACAUUUUAACUUUUGUAAUUUUUGAGCUACAAAUUUUUUAAGUGCGAGUUCUUUUGGUAUUUUCUACUAUGGACGAAGUCUCCACAUUUUGUGACCUCAUUCUGCAUAUCCUGUCGUGUGCAAUAACUAUAACCCAGGAGAAAAUGCUAAGACAAAUAGAGAGUUUGGCGGUUCCACUUCAAGAAAGUCGACAGAACAGGGUUGGCGAGUUAAUCGAGGUCGACUGUAAUAGGAAACAAGGAAACAAGAAGCAACUUCUCAUAGGAAAGAUUUUUUAUCAUCCAAAAAUGUGUUUAAAAAAACAGGAAUAUGGAGAGACCUGCAAAAGCGAAAAGAGGCAUUAUUAACUCACUGACUUGUUUCAAUAAAAUUUUAAUAAGAAACAAAUCUUAAAAAUGAAACAUAUUAAUUUUAACAAUUUUUUACUGUUAGAAUUCCCAUUCUUUAACUGUUGAAAAGGCAAGUGAUCAAAUUGUAUAUCUUUAUUUGUUUUUAUUUUAUGGAAGAGUCACAUUUAUCAUUAUUCUAUGGGCUAAUUAAUUAAAUAACUUAACCUAUAAAACAUAUUUAGAACCUGAAACAAGAGCUUAUGAAAGUGAGGGCAUCAGCUGAAGAUAUACCACGACAGUUUUCCCAGUAUUUCCAGAGAGCAUGCACUGCUAUUCAGCAUCAUACGGCAGUAUUUGAAUCUCGAUCUUCCAACAUUAUGGGUACAGAUGCUUGUUUUAUGUAGUUACUGUUUUAUAAGACUUAAAUUCUAAAAAGUGCAGUAUUACCUGUUCUUUAAUUUCAAAGUAAAUUAACAGUAAAUAUGAUUUUAACUAGUAGCUUACAAUGUAAAUAUAAUUUUAUUUCCUUUCUAAAAUGACUGGGCCCAAAGUAUUGUUUAUCCUGAUGGAACUUCCAAUUAGCCAUCAUCCCAGGCUUAGUUUUCCCACAAUGCAUUCCUGCUCUAAAUUAUAACUUAGCUCUGCAGCAUGAAGUAGACAUAUGAGGCCAUCCAUUAAUGACAUCACACAAAUUUUUAUUACUUUUUACCCACCCCCCUCCCCCCAAUCGUCACAAAAACGUUAAACAAACCCCCCGCCCCCCCCCCAAUAACCUCAAUAAAUUCCCUAUAAAAAUCCCUCUGUCCACCACUGUCCUUAACAACCCCUUUACCCCCCCCCCCCAAGAUACUGGAUAUUGAAUUACUACAGCUUUGUCAGAAACAUUUCCCUACAACAGCGGUUCUUAAACAGGGAUAAAAGGACCCCCUGUGUUGAGGAAGACCCAGAAAAUAAAUUGCAUUUGAUGCCAUUGCUUGUUGCAAUAAAUCUUUUUUUCUGGUGAAUCUUGAUUGUGCAUUACUUGUAAUUUUUUCAGUGUUUCUAGAAAGUUAAUUAAAUAAAUACAACUAUAAUAACUAAUUUACUUAAUUACUUUUAUUUUAACAAUUUUAAUACAAUAUAUUCUGGAAAUUUUUAAAAAUUGAGAUGGGAUGCAGCACUGCAAAAGCUUUAAAAAUUCCUGCCCUCCCCCGUUAGCCAUUUUUCGUUCCAUGUCUCUUCACGUGAUAGCCCUAAUUCUAUGACUCUCAUCUCCAUAUUUUGACAUAAAUUCUCAAGACUGUCAAAGUCACUGCACUGUGAUUCUCCUCCUCCAUGGCGACCUGUAACUUGAUCAGAUGCCACUUCUCUGACCUUGCAUACCUGUACUGAUUCUCUCAGUGAUUGAAUUUUUAAAAAUUAAUUAAUUAUAAUUUUUUUUUCAAAGAAUAAUGUUAAAAAUAUCUGUAAUUUAGUGUUAUUAAGUGCAAUAUUUUCCAGAAUGUUCUGCUUUUAAUAUGACAUCACAUGGCUAAACACCCCCUCCCCAUUGUCACACAUCAUCACAAAAAAUGUGUGACCCCCCUCCCCCUAGAUGUAUGAUGUCAUUUAUGGAUGGCCCCUAUAACCUAAAUGUUCAAUAUCAAAAAAAUCAUCAUUUCUCAUUGCUUGAAAAGAAAAUUGUGUAACAUUCUAUUUUGCAUUGACUUAUCAAUAGCUUUAGCAGAUCAAGUAGCCCAGCUACAGGGAACUCUAACUGAUGUUACAGAGAGACAUGCAAGGGAAAAGAAGAGAAGACAAGAACUCCAUAAUCAACUGAUGGUUUGUAUCACAUUUCUAACUUAAUAAAACUUGCUAGAAGUUAGAAGAACAUUAACAAAUAGGUCACUGUUUCAAAUUUUUUUCAUUAAAUCAGACAAAGCACACAUCAUCUACUCAAAUAUGAUUGUAAACAUUAUUUUUGCAUAUAAAUGUAAAUGAUGAGUGAAUAAGUAUAAUCAGAUUUAUAAUAUUGAUAAGCUCAUUAUUUUUUAAACAUGUUAAUUUUCAUUUUUAUGGAGUUAUUUGACUUCUUCCUUACUUUUCCACUUAUUUUAUUGUGUUAUGUGAAGAUGCUUAGUCUCUUGCAUGAUUUAUUUUGUAUGUAACUUUAUCGUAACAAAAGGAACUGAGAGGUAAUAUCAGAGUCCAUGGAAGGUUACGUCCACUCAUGGAGUUUGAUGCAGAGAAUGAGGAUAUGAACACAUUGGGACGGUUGGAUAUUUAUACUCUUAUCAUCUGUUUGCAUUGGGUUAAAUUUUUAUUUUAUUAGUAUUAACAGAUAAUUUUAACAGGAAUUCAACUUAUAUAUAAUAUUAAACUUUUGAAGUUUCAAAACAACAGACAUUACAUAUAUUUCCAUUAUUUUAGAUUAUAAAGUAAUGAUUCUCAAUUUUUCUUUUCAGGCCUGGAACUAGGUCAGAAGUGGUUGUACAUUAUGUUGAUGAUGUAAGUGGCUCUCUUCAUUUGUUGAACUUUUUUAAAUUUAUAUUUUUGUGUUUUACAACAGCAACAAUAUGCUAAGAUAAAUUUUGCUUGGUUGUGUACUUAUUUAAAUAUCAUGAUUGUAAAGAAUGAAUGAAAGUAAUUAGACUUGAUUUUAAAAAAAUUGAUAUUCAUUAAUACAAAAAAUAUGUUAAAGCAUGUAUUUCCUAACAGUAACAGCUCAAAUAACUAUGAUCACUAAGUUUUGUGUGCUGACUUUUCAAUAAUCUUUUUCGAAAUCUAGGGAAAAGCAACUUCAAAAAUGCAACUUCGACAAUUUUUUUUUCAUUUCACUAAGAUUUCACUCAUAUAACAUAUAAUAAUAAUAAUAAAAAAUUUUCAGGAAAAUAUUUGUGUUCGGACAAGUAAACACAACAAAAUAUAUGAAUAUGAAAGGUAACUGAGAACCCUAAACUUUUGUUGGUAAAUUUAAUAAUGUAAUUCUGAAAUAUAUAAAUAUUUAAGUUCAACUGCCCUAUAUACACACAAAAUAAAGAAGACAAUUUUAGAACAUGCUGGUUCUUUAGUACUACCUUUUAUAUUUCUAAAUAGGGUCUACAACUCCACUGAAAAACAAGAAUCUGUUUUUGAUGAAGUUCAACCAAUGCUUACAUCUUUAUUGGAUGGGUAAUUUUCCUUGUUUCAUUAAUAGCAUACAAAUCAGUGAGUAGAUUAUGUAAUAUUUAUAAUGUAAAAUUUUAAUUUAUGGUAAUUUACCUUUGUUGUUAAUCUUUAAAUUAUAAUGACAUAUUAUUUAUAAUUUGAUGUGAAAUUACUCUUAGAUACAAUGUCUGCAUUAUGGCCUAUGGACAGACUGGCAGUGGAAAAACUCACACAAUGUUGGGAAGUCAUCGUAACGACGACUACAACCCAAGUCAUGACCCCCAGCCUGAUGAAGGAGUUAUACCAAGGGCAACUCGAGAACUCUUUAGGUUUGUUUCAAGAACUGUCAUAAUAUUUCAAAAUGCUACCCAACACCCAUCGGAAAUGUAAAAUUUAUUGAAGCUAAGAUCCCAAAACACAUGUCACAUCAGUGAUAACUAAUGAUGGAUGGAAAAACUAUUACACAAAAAAUUCUUUUUAUUCUAGUUGGGAAAGACUCAACUAUAUUAUUUAGAUACAUGUUAAAAUUAUAUAAAGUGUUUCUGUCUUACUGCCCCUAAGACCCAGAUGUCAUCUCAAUUGUUUUUUAUGGACAACAUCUAUUUUUGUUUUCAUUUUAUUUCGGUUGCUAUGUAUAUUUUUAUAAAUUUGGCCAUACAAAUUGUCUAAUAAAUUGGCUAUUGUAACUUCUGUUUACAGGUUGAUAGAAGAGAAGCCAUUUGGCACCCAUACCAUAGAGGUCUCAGUUGUGGAAGUCUACAACAAUGAUAUAAGAGAUUUGUUGAGUAGAGACCCUAAUGCAAAACAUGAUGUUGUGACUGGUGGUGAUGGACAACUUAGUAUACCUACAGUCACUUCAAAGUAAUUGUCUUUAAACAAAUAAAAAAUUGGUUUUGCAAAAAUUGUUUUAAGUUAGUCCUAGUAAUAAUGUAAGAAUAUUUAAAAAUAGUUUUCCAAACCCAUAUUGAAGGUUGUGAUAAUAGAUUUUUAAGUAGCCUAGAUUAAUAAUUGGAUAAUAUAGAAAUCGUUUUUUUUUAAAUUAGCUUCCACACUGGCUGGUAAAAAUAUAAAAUGUAAAAUAAUCUAUUAAUUCUAGUGGUACCCUCAUGUUUGAUUAGCUGAACUUAUAUGCCCUUUAUUUCAAACAAUUACAUUAUUUUAAUAUUCAGUUGUAGUUAAAGCCAUUAAAACACUGUUGUAAUGUUUGCUGUUACUGCCCCAAAUGUCUUAAAAUCAAACACUUAAAUCCUUUGCUAAACAUUAAACAUUUUGAGAUUAUCAAUGAACUUUGUGGGUUAUCUACAAACUUUAACUGUGACUAUAAAUUAAAUCCCACUGUAAUGAAAACUUAACAUUUAAAUAUUUUUUUUUCAAUAGACCAGUAGAUAAUGUGGAUGCAGUGAUGAAUCUGGUACAGUAUGGCUUGAAAACCAGAAAAGAGUCAGCCACACUGGUGCAUGAACACUCAAGCCGCUCCCAUCUCAUCGUGACAUUGACUGUUAAUACUAAGGCACCAAGUUUCUUUGCCAAGACUAUGACUACUGAUUCCGAAGGUUUGAAUAGCUUAGCAACAUAAUCUUCUCAAAGGUCAUCAAAUUUUUAGACAGAACGGAUUUAUUAACAAUAACGGCACACUUUUUACUAAUUAAAUAACCCAUUAGUAACUUACAAAAAAUAGUUAUUUUUCAAUAACUAUAACAUUUUAAAAAAUUAAUAGUUUAAUAUGAGCUAUAAUUAUACAUUCAAGUUAGCAUUACAAUAUUUUCAUGUAUAUAAGAUGCAUCUUAUACUAACGUUUACAUACCCCGCACCCAGUUGUGUCUUAUAUAUGGGUAAAUAUAUGCUCAGUGCGACAGAUGCGUCUUAUGUAAUUUAGUUGACAAUUAGUUGACAAAAAUCGUCAAAAUCCGCAUAUACGCAUGUUUCUCAUAAUUAGGUGCAUUUUAUAUCCACGAAAAUACAUUAAUGUAGCUAAAACAAAAGACAUUACUGAGUAACUCAUCAAGUCUCAUUUAAGUAUUCUCAUUGAAGGACUUCGAAUUUAGCUAUAAGUUCUAACAUUUUCAUAUAAAUUAAUCCUUUUUUGAAAAUGGAGAUGAAAAUUCAACAACCUAACUUGACCUGCUGCAUUUCUAAUAUAAAUAACAACAGCUUGCAGAGAACAUCAAAAUAUUUCAUUUUAUAAAUAUUUCAUAUAAUUCCUACCAGCUGGUGCACCUGGAGGUCUUGCUAAAAAAGGCAAAUCUCUAUCUCAGACAUGGACAGCAGAACAACUGCAGCUAGUCAGCGGUGGUCAAACUGCCAACCAGCAGCCAGUCAUUAGAACAAAGCUACAACUAGUUGACCUGGCAGGAAGUGAAUGUGUUGGUCAGUACAACAAUUUCUUUUGAAAAAUGGGUUAAUAAAUAUAUAUNUAUAUAUAUAUAUAUAUAUAUAUAUAUAUAUAUAUAUAUAUAUAUAUAUAAUACACACACAAAAUUCUUGUGUGGUGAACAAAAAGAAAAACAAAAUUAAAGUAAAAAAAAUAAUAAGUUUUAUUAAUUUGCAGUUGAAAUACUUUGAGCAUGUAGAAACAUAAACAUUUGAACAAUUUAAUUUACAGGCAUGUCUGGAGUUAAGGGCGCUGCACUCCGAGAAGCUUCCAACAUUAACAAAAGUUUAUCUGCACUUGCCGAUGUCCUUGGUGCACUUGCUGAGCACCGAACUCAUGUGCCUUAUAGAAACAGCAGAUUGACACAUUUCUUACAGGACUCUAUAGGUAAAGAUGCUGAAAGCUAUUUAAGAUAAUUUGAGCAAGGCACAUUAACUUGAUUUACAAUUUGUGACAUGUAAGUUUGACUUAUAAAAAGUGGGUUAAUUAAGAAUAAACACAUGAGGUAUAUGUUACUAAAGCUUUAAAAAUAGUGAAUAAUUAGUGUUUUAAGUUCAUGCAAAAAAAAUAAUAAUAUUUCAUCUCUUUUUUUGUGACUUGGCUAAAUAAUACAAAUAAAUUUUAAUUUUCAUUUUUUAAUUUACAUUUGAAGCCUUUAACAAUCAGACCAGAAAGUGUUUUCAGGAAACAACAAAUCAUGAUCAGCAGAAGGUUCUGUCUAAUUUAUGCUAAGUUUAAGUUUUUAUUUCCAGGUGGAGAUGCCAAGCUUCUCAUCCUCCUAUGUGUGUCACCUGCACAACGCUACAUCACAGAAUCACUUCAGUGCCUUGGCUUUGGCCAGAGAGCCAGACAGGUCCAGAGAGGCCCCACCAAAAGGCGGUUACCUUCAUCAGCAGAGAAAGUAGCUCCAGAAUCUGGUAGUGGCCAUUCCAGGCCUAGUUCAUCUUCAAGAUAAAUCCUUUGUUGGAUUGGACCAGAAAAAAAUAAUGUAUUACUUUAAGGAUGAAGUCAGAAAUAUUUUUUUAUAUACAGAUAAUAUAUCUGAAUGUUCUUAAUUCUGUGAAAUAAUAAAAUAUAUUGUCAAAAGCAGAAGGUUCUGUCUAAUUUAUGCUAAGUGAAAAUUAAAAAAUCUUAUUAAAGAAAAAGGCCUACAUGCUUUUCAUAAUGUACUUCAGAUGUGCUCAGAUACUUAAAUAGUGAAAAUAAUUUCAAUUUUUUUUUAUAUUCUUGGAAAGAAAAAUGUUAAAUAAAUCCAGUGAUCGUUAGUACCAGAUAUUCAAAUAUUAUGUUGUUUUUUAUAUGGUCACCUGGAUUUUAAGCGCCAUUAAAGUAGUUAUAAAUAGAAACAUCUUUUACCUAGAGAUUUAUUAUUUUAAAUUAUUGGAAAAUAACAUUUUAACUGAACACAUGAGAUGCAUGCAUGCACAAGAAAUAAUGCUUCUUUAUUUACAUUUACUUGUAUACAGUAAGCAUACAAUUACUAGUUUAAUGUGCCUUAAUUUAUUGUCAUUUUAUUUUAAAGCCAAUUUUUCAUAAAAUAAAAGAUGUUACAAGGCAUUUUAGUGUAUAAGGCUGUUUAAUGUUAAAAAAAUGUAUAUGUAUUAUGUCAGGCCUGAGAAGCUGAGAAGGGAAAAGGGUGGCGUGGGUACCGGACAAAGGCUCAAUGAGGCAAAUGAGGAGUUGACUUUGGCAUUUAAUGAUGGUUUAUUUUAAUGCAGGGAAGACAUACUCUGGGAACCAAGCCCGUCAAGGAUACAUCAGGUGAUCACUAAGGGACAGUGUGGGAAAUUGUGACGAUCUGAGGCUGGACUUUGUCAAAUUUCUUCCAUCGUAAACCCGCCCUAGGAAACCCUUGUAAAAUAACACCUUUCCUUCCCCUCAAGAUGCCCCGCCGUCGCUCAGCACUUGCUUUGUGUUGAUAUACCUUUCUAAUUGGAUGAAAUCCGUUUGAUGUAUAUACAUUGAGCACCACGAGUGUUUCACGUAGGAAGUUGUAAAUAUUAUUGUGUAAUAAAUAUUUGUAGUUAAU